GCCGAAGGGAGGGCUGGCCUGGCCCGGUGCCUCUGGCGGCGGCGACGGGAGCAGAUAUACAAUUAAAAAAUAGGAGUUUAUGGACCUUCCCUUCAUUGCCUCGCCAUCGAAGCUUCGGUUCCGGAAAGGGGGUUGAAAGAAUAAAGGGGAGAGUAAAAUAAUGGUUCUUCUGCGUCUACCUGACUGAUUUCUGACUCCAUGUGACAGGCGGCCCCUACGAACGGGAAGGAAAUGGAGGGGGCGUGACGCUCAGGAAGUACUUCAGACAACUAUUGUAGGAGGAUGAAACCACUCUGGUCAUCGAGAUUACGAUGGAAAUACGGUGUGGUAGCCUAUUGUUCAGCUCCAAAUUUGACUCUGGCAAUUUGGCUCAUGUUGAGAAGGUGGAACACCAGGAAGGUGAUGGUGACAACAGCUUGAAUGGCAGUGGCAGCAUCAAUACUUCUUCUGCCUCAGUGGUGUUUGGCAACUCCCUCCCAACUGCAGACUAUGAAUUCAAUGUGUGGACCAAGCCAGAUUGUGGUGAGACAGAAUAUGAGAAUGGGAACAGAUCCUGGUUUUACUUUAGUGUGAGGGGAGGAAUGCCUGGCAAGUUGAUCAAGAUUCAUAUUGUGAACAUGAAUAAGCAGACCAAACUUUAUUCCCAGGGAAUGACACCUUUAGUCAAGACAGUACCUGUCAAACCCCGUUGGGAACGCAUUCGUGAGCGACCUGCCUAUGAGAUGGCGGAGACUCAGUUUGUCCUGUCUUUUGUGCACCGAUUCCUGGAUUGUCGAGGAGCCACCACAUACUUUGCCUUCUGCUAUCCCUACUCAUACACAGAAUGCCAGGACAUGCUGACACAGCUGGAUGCCCACUUUGCAGAGUGCAGACAUCUCUCUCCUAGCAGUGUCCAACAUUAUGGCACAAUUAGUCGGAGGGCAGGCGCAGACUCUAGAAAAGCUGAGGGGAAGCCGCGCCCCACCACCCACAGAACAAGAAAGUACUCUAGAGGACGUGGAAAAGGGAAAAAGGAGGCGGCCCCACCCAGGGGUACACCCUAUCUGGAUGCCAUCUAUUAUCAUCGGGAAUUGUUGUGCUAUUCCCUGGAUAAGCUUCGUGUGGAUUUGCUCACCAUCACAUCAUGCCAUGGCAUGCAGGAGACGCGGGAGGCUCGACUGGAGAAGUUAUUCCCGGACAAAAACACACCCCGACCACACUGUUUUGUGGGAAAGAGAGUAUUUUUUCUGAGCAGCAGAGUACAUCCUGGGGAAACACCCUCUAGCUUUGUGUUCAAUGGAUUUUUGGAAUUCAUACUGAGAGAGGAGGAUCCUCGGGCCCAAAUGCUGCGUCGUAUGUUUGUCUUUAAGCUCAUCCCUAUGCUAAAUCCAGAUGGAGUGAUGCGAGGACACUAUCGGACAGACGCUCGUGGAGUUAAUCUGAAUCGUCAGUAUUUGAACCCUGAUGCAGAGCUGCAUCCUGCUGUCUAUGGGGCCAAGGCUGUUAUGCUCUAUCACCAUGUUCACAGCCGGAUGCAGCCUGGUUCUCCUGAUUGGCGCACCUGUGUCCCUCUGCUCAACACAAAAACAGCCAAUCAGCGUUGUACCCGCAAAUCCCAUAGCGAAGACAUCCCUCUUACUGAGCUGGAGAAAACAAACAACUUUCACAACUGUUCUAGAGAUUCCUGCAUCACCUCACCUCAGAACCUUGAGGCUUCAGAGGUACCAGGAAGCAAUGACUCUGAUGUCUGGAUCCUUUCAAAAGAACUGUUACCUGAACAUUGUGAGAAUGAAGUUGAGCAUCCUCCACCACCAGCUCCAGAAACCAUCCCACCUCAACAGAGUGGUCUGGCGUACUAUGUUGAUCUGCAUGGACAUGCCUCUAAGCGUGGCUGUUUCAUGUAUGGGAACAACAUUUCUGAUGAGAACUGUCAGGUUGAAAAUAUGCUAUUUCCUAAGCUCAUCUCCUUGAACUCUGCUCAUUUUGAUUUCACGGGGUGCAACUUUUCAGAGAAGAAUAUGUAUGCUAAAGACAAGCGGGAUGGACAAUCAAAAGAGGGCAGUGGGCGUGUGGCCAUUUACAAGGCCUCAGGCAUCAUUCACAGUUACACACUGGAAUGUAAUUACAACACAGGAAGAUCAGUCAAUACUGUUCCAGCAGCAUGUCACGAUAAUGGGCGGGCAACACCUCCUCCUCUCCCAACAUUCCCAUCCAAAUACACUGUGGAGCUGUUUGAGCAGGUUGGAAGGGCUUUAGCAAUCGCAGCACUGGAUAUGGCAGAAUGCAACCCCUGGCCUCGGAUUGUCCUCUCUGAACACAGUUGCCUUAGCAAUCUGCGUGCCUGGAUGCUGAAACAUGUGCGCAGCAUGAGAGGAGUGACAGGCUACUCCAAGAGGAAGGGCACCAAAACCCCACCCAAGGGGGGCAAUGGGAUUUCUGCUUCCAGCUCAGAGAAUUCUCUCUGCCGAGCCAGAAGCUUCAGUAAUGGUAGUGUCAAUCAACAAGCUACCCCUCAGGUCAAGACCUCACCCAGCUUCACCUUCAACUCCUCUCACACCCCUGCCUCUUCGGGGGGGUUGGGGCAGAGCCCUCGGAAAGGUGCCUCAAGGGUGCUGGCCCUUGUGCGAGAACCUCGAGUUCAGGAGAAGAGACGCCAUCAGCACCAGACUUUGCUACGAGCUGCUGUGAGCAGCAUCCAGGCACCCUCUCUCCCUUGUUCCACCAGAAACACGUCUCAUCUCCAGCUGACUCCCAGCCUAGGCUCCUGCUCCCUUCCAACUACUAUCAACAUACCAGGACCCAGCUGCACCAGCCUACAUAAAACUGCCAAGGCUAGCACUGAGCAUGUCCCUGAGAAGCUGAAGCCUCCACCUUGUGGCCUAGCGUUGCUACAGAGCUUUUCAAGACGGCUGAACAAUGAAAAACUAUCAGAAACUACUAGUCUAGAUAUACUGAUGCCUCGGCCGAGCCGGAUUCCCAUACGCAGGAGACCAGUAGGACAAACCCAGCACUUACUCAGAUUUCAUAGCUGCAGUGAAGACUCUUCCCUCAAGGUGUGGAAAUACACAGCCCCAGAGAUACCAGCACAAAAUUCCUUGCCAGAAUUUCAACUGGAAAUGCCAGUAACGAGUCAGAGGGAAGAAUCACUUUUUAUGUGCCCUCCCAAAGUUUUGCUGGACGAGGUAUGGGGAGGAGGGAGCUCUGCAAAGCCAGCUGCUGCUGCAACCCUUACCUGCAGCCGCUGCCAUCCCCUUGAACCCUUGUCUUGUAGACAGAAGAAGAAGAAGCAACGCCUUUACCGUUGUAUAGGCAGUAGCCACCCUCCUUAUUGAAACUUUGGGGCAGCAUAGCUGCAGUUGACAUCAUUAGUCCUCUGAGCCAGCUCUCUCUGUUGCAGCAUCUCCCUGGGCGACCAGAUUCCCCCCAACUCACCUACCGCAAGAUCCUGUCUUUCUGCACUGAGGCCUGACUUGCCAGUGGGGGCACAACAGCUGCAGCCAAUGUGCUCUAGCUCCUCAAGUGCCACACCCCACAGCAUGCCAGCUGACUCCAACUCAUCCCUUGGUGUGGAAGAAACCUCUCGAGACCCCUCUUGUUGGCACUUGAUGAGUUCCAGAUCCAAUCACCCCCUUCCUCUCCUCUCCCCUCUUUUAAACCAAAGCUGCUUUUUAGACAGCAGCCAGUAGUUCUGACUUUGAGACUUUGCCAGGAAUAAGGGCCUCACAUCACAUCCUUUUUUGUAGCCAGCUACACAAGACAUUGAAGGCUUAAGGGAAGGCUUAAUGUUUCCCAGCAAUCCUCGUC